AUGACUGCGACGCGCUGGCUCCUGGCCCUGCUGCUGCUGCUCUGGCUCGCCCUGGCCGCCGCCGAGGCUGGGCCACUGUGCCAGGCGCCAGACGGCAGCGAUGCCCAGAAUGGCCUCAUCCGGACACUGGUGCGGCCGCGGGGUGCGCGGCGCGGGGCUCUGCAGCGGCCGGCGGGCACACGGCGGUUCCGCCGGCCCCGGCCCCGGCCCCGGCCCCGGCUCUCGCACAAGGGCCCGAUGCCCUUCUGA